CUGGAGGUCUUCGAUGGUGAAUUGGGAGGGGUCGAGAGAGGCAGUGUCGAAGUCGUCAUCGGAGGUGGGUUGAGUGGUGUCGUUAUGGAAAAAGAGGGGGCGGGAGGGAGCGGACGCGGACUGGUGAUGGGGGUGGAGUCGUCGAUCGUGGUGAAGCAUGCGAGAAAGGAGGUCAGCAAGGGGCAUGUCGGGUUUGUGGGCGAGGGCGGUGGCAAGAUCUUUGUGGCAUACUCGCUUGAUGCGGGAGAUGAACGCAAAGUCGGGAAUGAYGGUGGURGGGAGGUGAUGGCGGAGGGAGCGGAUGUAUURGACGAAGCGGUCWGUGGGACCGGUUUGGCGGAGGUGGCAGAAUUGUUYGAGGUAGUCAUCAAUGGUUUUCUGGGGGCGGAAGGUGGCAGCGAGAAGUUUGGCCCAUUGGAGGAAGGAGUGACGUGGUCCUCCAGAGGCUCGGCGGUUGCUGACUUCAGCCAUCCACCAUUUGGCGGCAUUGCCGAGGAGGCGGGAGGUGGCAAUGGGGAGCCAGUGGGCAAGGGGCAUGUGGUGGAGGUGAAAAGAGUUCUGGAGCUGGGCGGUGUGCUGGAUGAGCCGGAUGAGGGAGGAGGUGGAGGGAACGGGACGAUGGUGGAGGUUGAAGGGUUGAUGGAUGUGGUGGUAGAGGUGGUAGGAGUAGAGGAGGUCGGCAGGGGGGUGUUGCUGGAGGCAGCUGUGGAGGAGGGAGUGGUUUGCACUGUGGAGGUUGGAGUGGUUUGCGCUGUGGAGGAGGGAGUGGUUUGCGCGGUGGUGACGACCGUGAUGGAGGGGAUGGUCCCUUCGAUUGUGGUGAC